AUGCAGGUGAUUUGGGAUGCGAUCUUUCCCCAUAUUGCCCACACAGUGACAAGCCUUAGUUCAGUCUACUACAUUGCUGUCCAGCGAGUUGCCGACUCCUACCGCAGCAACAUCAGCUCAGCAGCUAUCGCAAUUGUCAUUGCGUACCUUGAGUCUCAGGACUCGCUGAGGGACUCUGAUGACAAUCAUGCAGAAUUCGCGGAGUAUGCACUCAGCAACCUUCGAUUCUUAUACAAGAAGGCGAAUGGUGAUGACAAGUCUGAAUUCCAGGGCCUUUAUCAAGGUGCAUUUGUUGUGCAAACCUUCAGUGCACACUUCACCACAACCCGUGGUGCCCGAAAGAUACCUGGGGUAGACAAGCCAGGUGUACUAGCAAAUACUGCUGGGGGUCUCGUAUUGUCGUGUGCUGCGGCGGCAAAGAACAAAACCAGCAUUUCUUUGCCGAAGACGAUGAAUCAGUCCACUGGCAAGGUGUCCUGUCAGCAAACAGGAUUCAACGACAUCUCCUGGGGUACAUUGACAUGUGCCUAUGUGAAGGCUAUCAUGAAGAACCUCUGCGAGGACAAGUUCGAAGUCAUUGUUGCAUCUGCCAUGGAAUUUUCGAAGAAGAAGAGUUGUCCUGGUGAUGAUGUCGACAAUGCUGCCAUGGAGGAUGACCUUGAUCUGGAUGAGCGCACUCAGCUGGUGGACAUAUCCGACACCGAGUCUGAGGGAGAUGACGGCUCUGAUGUGGAGUAG